AGGUGCAUGAUGGAUCCCGUCCCACUGCUGCUCCUCAUUGUCACAUCUUUGCCAUGUUGUUCGGCAGUCUACACCGGGCCUCUCCAAGCGGAGAUCUCCAAUGGUACUUUCCAUCACUUCUAUGUCCCGGACGGAGAUUACGAUGACACUGAGGACCCGGAGAAGUGCCAGAUGUUGUUUAAAUUUUCAGACGUGUUUCCGUGCGGGUUCAACGAGGAGAGCGACUCCGCGGUGCGGGAUGACUUCAUCCUCACCAAGCUGCAGGCGGAGGACUCGGCGCGGCUGCUGGAGAGCAUCGGCCGGACUGUGGCGCACGACCUGGACGGAGAGGACAGCUACGGCAAGUUCCUCCGGAGGGAGAUCGCACAAAUCGACGAUGCGUUUUCAAAUGUGGACAAAUCCCUGGUGGAGCUGGAGGUGAAAUUUAAACAAAGCCAAGAAACUGAACUGAGAGAGGAGCAACAGCUGAACGGCCAUGUGGUGAAACAAGUGGGUGACAUCAGGGGCACUCUGAGGGAAACUAUGGACAUCUCUCUGGGACUUAAAGAUAAACAUGAGCUGCUGUCUCUCAUCAUUCGCAGUCAUGGUACCAGACUGAGCCGCCUGAAAACAGAGUUUCUUAAUGUUGGAUUAUAGUAGGGUUAUGACAGCUUUAGUGUGUAUGUGUGUGUAUCUGUGUGAGGGAGAGGGAGAGAGAGAUGAGACCCUCCAGUUUAACAAACAACUGGAAAGUUCAUUGUGGCUUAUAAUAUUACUCUUUAAGUAUCUUGAAUAUCUCUGACCUCUGGUUUUCCCCAUUUCUUGGAAAUGUGUCAUUAAAGGGGCGCUCUAACAAAAACACCAGUACAUUCCACUGAGUCAGGAGGGGAAAAGGAAAUGUGUUCAUAAAUUAUGUCUGCACAGACCCUUCUGUGCCACCUCUGAGGAAGACAUUUAUUGAGAAGAGAUGAUAAAAGUCUUUCCAAGUGGAUUUAUUGGUCUCUAAAUCAAUAAUAGAGCCACAUUUCUGUCUGUUUGAUUUA